UAUGAUCAACGUUUCGGGCCUUUAAAACCAGAAACUAGAAACCAGAAAAUGGUCAUAUGGGCAUACGUGAUCUAAGUUUCGAUCUUUCGUUGGUCAUACUUACGUGUUGUUCGCUGAAGAGGCCCUUAAGAAAAAUCCAGGAGUUGGAUGGGCGUUCCAAUCAGUAAUAUAUGACUCGUAGUAUCAUUCGUCCUUGCUAGCUGCAAUCAAAGUCAUCGAUUGGGGAUCCAAAAAUAGCAGUCGGUUGUCAAUUCCAUUUCUGUUGUUGGGUAGGUUGUGUUUCAAUAUGUGGCAUUGCUGGUUAGGAUGGCCAACCGGGCAACUUCACUGGUAUUCUGCCAAUCUGAUUGCAAACGUUCAGGACCACAACGAGGGUAUCCCUACACACAGUUAUGCAGAUUCCCAGCGUAUGAGGUUGCCUCCGCAGAAAAGGUGGAUCUAUGAUUGGAAAGUGUAGUAGGUCAGGGCCGGCCUUUGUCAAACCCGCUUACAGCCUCACCCAAUCAUCAUAGAGUAGAUUUCUUCGUAGACUGACUGGUUGUUUCGCUGGCACAAACACAUACUUGGAGCAGUGCCACGACCUAAGA